CAAAAUAAUAUGUUUGAAUCGAUUGUUGCUAAUCUUUUGAAUAGAGUAUUAGGAUCUUAUAUAGAGAAUUUUGAUCCUAAACAAUUGAAUAUUGGUAUAUGGAGUGGUGAUGUCAAACUAAAGAACUUGAGAUUGAAAAAGGAAUCGCUAGAUAAAUUUAAAUUGCCGCUAGAUGUUAAGUUUGGUCACUUGGGAGAAUUGACCUUACAAAUACCAUGGUCGAAUUUAAAAUCCAAACCAGUUAAGAUCAUUAUUGAAGAUGUUUAUGUUUUAGCAUCCCCGAUUGUUUUACAAGACUAUGAUAUUGAAGAUGAAAAAAAGAGAGACUUGCAAUUAAAGAAACAAAAAUUAGAUGAUUUAGAAAAUUUAUUAAGUGCUACUGGGCAAAAUCAACAAUUAACUUCUGAAUCUUCUAAUAAUGAAUCUUUCACUGAAAGCUUGAUUACUAAAAUUAUUGAUAAUUUACAAGUUACUAUUAAAAAUAUCCAUGUAAGAUAUGAAGAUGAUUCUAUAUUAACCGAAGAUGCCUACUCAAUCGGUUUAACCUUGAAUGAGUUAUCUGCUGUUUCAACUGAUCAAGGUUGGACCCCUAGUUUCAUUUCAAUCACUCAAAAAUUUUCAAGAAAAUUAUUACUAUUGAAAAAACUUUGUUGUUAUAUGAAUACUGAUUCAAAUUCAGUUUUUUCAAAUGAUCCUGAUGAAUUAUUGAAAAAUUUAAAAGAUUCAAUGAAUUCAGAUAAUGUUCAAUACUUAUUGAAACCAGUUUCCGGUGAAGGUAGAUUAACUGUUAAUAAAGCCGGUACCACGGAAUCAUCUCCCCAUGUUAAAGCAGAAUUAUUUUUCGAUGAAUUUGGUAUAGAUUUGGAUUCUCAACAAUAUAGAGAUAUCCUAUGGACCGCUUCUAAAUUUCAUUGGUUUAUCAAGACUCAAAAAUUUAGAAAAUUCAGACCAAAAAAUUCAGUACAAGAUGAUCCAAAAGGUUGGUUUAAAUACACUGCUAAAUCUAUCCUAGAUGAAAUUCAUGAGAAAAAUUAUAAAUGGAGUUGGGCCUAUUUUGCUAAAAGAAGAGAUCAAAGGAAAGCCUAUGUCAAUUUAUGGAAAUUAAUCUUAACGAAGAAAUUAUCUCCUGAGCAACAAAAAGAUUUCGAUGAUUUGGAGACUGAAUUACCUUUUGAAGAUAUUAAAUUUUAUAGAUCUUUGGCAAGAGGUGAAGUCCGUAAACAAAACCUAAUUACUUCUUCAACUACUGCAUCUUCUGAUACAUCAAAUUCUCAAUCAGCUCAAGCUGCAAAUAAAAAUACUGGUUGGUUCUCAGGCUGGUGGGGUGGUGCAGACAACUCUACAUCCACUAAUAUUGAAGAUGCUAAAAUAAAUGACUCUUCUUUAAACGAUGAGGAAUUGAAAUUAACCGAAGAACAAAGAAAAGCUUUGUAUGAUGCUAUUGAAUACGAUGAUACUCGUGAUUUGACAGAAGCUAUUGAUAUACCUCGUGAUCGGAAUAAAUUUGAAGUUUUUGCAAAUUUGAGAAGAGGUGGUAUUAGUAUAAGAAGAGAUAAACACUCAUCGAAUUUGGCUGAAGUUGUAUUUGAAGGCUGUACGACUCAAAUCUACCAAAGACCAGACUCGUUAUUAGCAAACUUUCAAUUGCAAGAAUUUAGAGUUGAAGAUGGUACUAAAACUACUUUAUAUAAGCACAUUGUUAGUGUUAAACAACUUCAUACGCACACUCCUCCUCCAGGUGAAACCCCAUCUGAAGUUACCCAAUCUGCAAAAGAUGAUCCAUUCUUUAAAAUUUCGUUUGAACAAAACCCACUCGAUGGUAGUGCUGAUUCUAUACUUUUGGCUAAAUUGAAAUCAAUGACUAUAUUUUAUAAUCCAAAUUUUGUUGAAGAAGUUUUUAAAUUUUUUAAGCCUCCCAAGGUUCACCUUGACACCGUUGGUGCUAUUAUGAAUGCUGCUGAAGCAACCAUGGAAGGCAUUACUUCACAGACUAGAAUAGGUUUACAAUAUGCUUUAGAAGAACAUAAAACCGUUAACGUGAAACUCGACUUGCAAGCUCCAUUGAUUAUCUUGCCACUUGAUCCAACUAGUUGGAAAUCUCCUGUUGCCGUCAUUGAUGCUGGUCAUAUUAGUGUAAUUAGCGAUUUGGUAGAUAAAUCAACUUUUGAAGAAAUUAAGGGUAAAGAGAGUUAUACAAACGAGGAUUGGAAUAGAUUAAACACUUUAAUGUAUGACCGUUUCAAUGUUCACUUACAAGAUGCUCAAUUCUUAGUUGGUCCUGAUAUUAAAAGUACCAUGGAACAGUUACAUGAAGUAAACCAAAAACAAUCAGCAUUGAUUCUCGAUAAAUUAAAUAUCAAAUUAUCCUUGGGAAUUUCAAUAUUGCCAGAUGUAACUAGUUUGGCUAGGUUCAAAAUCGGUGGUGAAGUUCCCGAAAUCAGAUUAGCCAUUAAUGAUUUUCAAUAUAAAACUAUUAUGCAAUUGAUUGACGUGCUUAUUCCAAAUUUUGAUGACCUUGACUCGGAAGAAUCAAGCGUAUUCAAUGCUUUUGGUAACCAUAAUAAUGCAUCGAUCGAAGGAAUUGACGACUCAGCCCAUAGCAUUAAUAAACUCGAAGAUUCGCCUAAGAAAAUAUCGUCAGCCAACUCGGAGGCGAAUAAACAACAUAUUUUUGAAUUUGACUUGAACGUUGACUUGGUCCAUAUAUCUCUAUCGAGAUGUAUAGAUGGUGUCACCUUACAAGCUGAACCUUUUGUUGAUCUUGUUGGGGACACUUUAAGAUUGAACUUUUUCAAAACUGAUAAUGACAUGCAUCUCGACUUAUUUUUAACUGAUAUUAACGUUAUUGAUAAUAUAGAGAAGUCUGGCGUACCCGAAUUUGAAAAAUUAGUCUCUUCAAAUAAUUUUUAUGAUGGUAAAGAAACGAAGAGACAAAAUAAGGAGUUAUUCAAGUUGGACUAUCAAAGGACCCAGAGAAUUGUGGAAUUUAAUGGUAAAGAAAUCGAAGUUUUCGACCAAGAUAUUAAUUUGGAUAUUGCUACUGUCAAGUUUGUCAUAUCAAGGAAAUCUUUAUUAAGUAUCUUGAAUUUUGUUUUGAAUACAUUCACCGACCCUAAUGCAGAGGCCACUCCUGCUGACGAAUUGAAGCAUAACGAUGCAACUAAUGAUGAAGUGAGUCCUCAAAAAAUCAAUGUUGACGUGAAUCUAGAGAGUAUAAUUAUGGUUUUAAAUGAGGAUGGUAUAAAAUUAGCGACUCUUCAGUUAAGCACAGCCAAUAUAAAUGUUUUCUUAGUUCCUGAAGAAAUGGAAGUCAAAGGUAAACUUGGCGCAUUGAGUCUUCAUGAUGAAUCAAAUGAAGGUUCCCCAAGGGAUUCGAUAUUGAGAAACUUGAUAAGUAUUGAUGGUGACAAUUUGGCAGAGUUUACUUACAAGACCUUUGAUAACGAAACAAAUACCGAACCUUUUAACACCCUCAUCGAAUUCAAAACGGGUUCUACGACUGUUAAUUUUGUGGAAGAUGCUUUAAGUAAAAUUUUCAAUUAUUUGAGUCAAUUUCAAAGAAUGAAGGCCAUUUACGAUAAAGCGAGAGAUGCAGCAAUUAAUCAAGCCGCUCAAAUCGAUUAUGUCAAUAAAAUAAAGUUUGACUUUUUGGUUAAAGCUCCAACGAUUAUAUUUCCUACAUUGAUUGAUGCUACUGAAGAAAAAUAUGAUACUAUGACCGCCCACUUGGGUGAACUAUAUGCUUCCAAUGAGUUUAUUUCAGAUGGCGAGUCGUUCAGAAACGUGAUUUCUUCUGGUCUCAGAAACAUAAGUCUCGCAUCUGAUUUCAAUUUCGCUGAUAAUAUCAUACAAAAGUCCGAAUUAGUUGAUGAUUUGGAUGUCUCAUUUAAGAUUGAUUAUAACGAUGAGUAUGAUCCUACUAAACCUACUUUUGUUGUAGAUGGUAGAAUGCCGGAACUUGAGAUGCACUUAACAGAGUUACAACUUAAAUAUCUUUUGAAACUCUCGAAUGCAAUUACCAAUGUAUUCACACCAAGUGAAAAUGAAGAUUCUCUUGAUGACAUAGAGGCUGAUGCUGAACAUGCUAACGCUGUUGUUAGACAUCACACAACUGUAACUUUGGAAAGUUCCCCUUCAAAACCAAAAAGCAAAGUUCCAACGAAGGAAGCGAUAGAGAUACCCGCAGACCAUAAAAUGGUAGAUAUGAAGUUUGUUAUUCCAAAAUUAGCAUUAAAAAUUUAUAACAGAACUGCUUCGGUUGAAGAUUUCAAGAGCAAAAUCCUCUCAUCGUUUGUUUUGGAUCAAUUCGAUCUUGCAUUUGUUAUGAAUGAAGAUUCGCAUUUCGUGUCUGACGUUAAUGUUAAAUCAUUUGUGGUUAAAGAUGACAGAGAAGGCACCUCUAAUCAAUUCCCUGAAAUAAUACCUCUGAAUAAUCAUGAUAACAAUCAAUUCGUAUUAAAUGCAUCAACCAAUGGUGAGGCCACCAAUAAGAACACAACUGUGAUGUUAACUGUGGACAGUCCUAAGACUAUAUUGGCUCUUGAUUACCUAUUCGAAUUACAAAAUUUUGCAAAUAAAGGAAUGGAAUCAGAGACGUCCAUUGCAGAAAUAGAACACGAAGAUAAUGAUGUUGCAGAUCUGAUCGAGCUUGAUAGUCUCAAUGCUGUUGACAAUUCAAAAAAAUCUGUUACAUUGAAAGAAUCCAAAUCUAAGCAAACACAAUCUAACUCCAAUCUUGGGUUUUCAAUCAAUAUAAUAAACCCGACUGUCAUUUUAUUGGCUGAUGCAUCAAAUGCUGCUACUGAGGCGAUAGUUUUCAGAAUUGAGCAUGUUUUACUCACUAGCCAAAACGUAUUAUCUCUCGCCGCGAAUAAUAUUGGAAUGUUUUUGUCUGUUAUGGAUUCUUUUGAUGAUAAGAGAUUAAGAAUUAUUGAUGACUUUUCUAUAUCUUUCGCCCAUGACUCAAAGGGUUCAACUGCUAAUAAGUUCUUGACGAACAUUCAGCUCUCGAUAGAGCCAUUAUUGGUUAGGGUCUCGUUAAGAGAUAUACGUCUAGCAUUAGCCAUUUUCAAUAGAGCUACCGAGUUAUAUAAUGAAGCCCAAGGUAAUUUAACAUCGACUGAAGAAGAUGAUUAUAAUUUUUCUGAAGAUUUUAAGAGAAGGUUGUCUCAUUACGCUCCUACUAUUAAAUCUGCUUUUUCUACUGAGAAUCCAACUAAGUUCAAGGAUCAGUCAAAAAGCUCACAAGUAAUCAUCAAAGGAGAGGAAUUUUUCGCAAGCUUUGGUGGUGUUAGAUUUGUUUUAAUAGGUGAUGUUCACGAAUUGCCUGUGCUUGAUAUGAGUGUGAAAGCAUUUGAAGCAAGAGCUAUUAAUUGGUCCACCGACUUAAGUGCAGAAACUCACAUCGAAUCUUACGUUAACAUUUAUAACUACUCCAGAUCUUCCUGGGAACCGCUAUUUGAACCAUGGCCAUUGGCCGUAUAUGCAUCAAAGCAAACAAAUCCCUCGCCUAGUAUUAUGAUAGACUUUGUCUCUCGAGAACUUGCACAGAUAUCAGUGUCUUCUAGAUCUAUUGCUUUAUUGUCGCAAGUUUUUUCAUCUAUUACGAGCGGUGAUUUGCUUAAAUCCAGAGAAGAAGCUACACCCUAUCGUAUUCUUAAUGAAACAGGGUAUGAACUAGAAGUUUGGAUUGACCGUAAUGACGAAAGCAACAAUAGUAAAACUAAGAUUCAAAAUGGCGAGGAAAUUCCAUGGGCAUUUGAAGAUUGGAGAAAAAUUCGUGAAAAUUUAGAUACUGAUAAUAAAGUUGAUGUCCUUGGAUUGUCUUUGGUGGGCUCAAAUUACGAUGCAAUAGGAGGAGUUUCUGCUACCAGUGAAGGCGAAGAAAUAAUUAUGCUCUACCCACCAGUAAAUGGUGUGCACAAUCGGUUAUCAUGUGAUAUAAAAUUGGGUGAAGACAAUGUCAAAACAAUCUGGUUGAGAUCUACAGUUGUAAUUGAUAAUGAUGUGGAUUUCCCUAUUUCAAUUGAGAUGCUCUCAGAAAACGGAAAUAGCUCGAAUAAAUUGACAAUUCCAUCAAAUAAGAAAAUGGCUUUGCCAAUAGAUAGUGUUUAUCCCGAUCAUUUGAGGAUAAAACCUUCAAUAGAGACACCCUACAGCUGGUCCGAUAAUCUUGUUCAUUGGAAAGAUGUAUUGAACGGAGGGGUCUCUUUGAAAUGCUCAGCUUCAGACAAGAACGACAAAUCAGCUUACUAUUUCCAGGCUGAAGCCACUUAUGAUAAAGAAGAGCCUUUAGCCAAAAUAUACCCUCAUAUGACUUUGGUUAUUUCUGCCCCAGUCGAAAUUGAAAACUUACUUCCGUUUGAUCUUGCUUAUAGGCUUUAUGAUAAGAGUGCUAAGAAGGACUGGAGUGGUAUUGUUGAAAAGGGCGUAAACACUCAUGUGCAUGUUGUGAGCUUAGAGAGUUUACUUCUACUUAGUGUUGAACCAAAAAGUCUGGGAUAUAAUAAAUCGGAAUUUGCUAUUAUCAACACUAAUAAAAAAAGUGAUUUUAAAAGAGAAAAAAGCAUGACUAUCAGACUUGAAGAUGGCCAAGUGUUGAAAUUGAAAAUACAUUAUCCUAGAAAACAGGCAGAUUCCACAGGUUUGAAAGUUGUUAUAUAUUCCCCAUAUGUGAUUCUCAACAGGAGUGGUCAAGACCUCACUGUUAGCGAGAAGGGAAAUCGAAUGCUCUCCAUUGGAAAGAAGUCAGCUUUACAGCCAACGAUUCCCUCAUUGUUUUCUUUUGAUAGGGAUGAUGAUAGACAAAACCGUGCUUUAAUAAAAAUUGGAGACUCCACUUGGACUACUCCAGUAAGUUUUGACGCCAUUGGUCAAGCUACUGCAAUAAAAGCUCAAGUGAGCGGGAAGCAAACUGAAAUGAAUGUUGGUAUUUUCGUAAAUGAAGGUGAAGGAAAAUACAAUUUGUCUAAGGUUGUUAAUGUUGCACCAAGGUAUAUAUUGCGUAAUAACCUUGGUGAAAGGUUAGAGGUAAUAGAGAAUGGUUCUACUAAAAGCUUUGUUAUAGAGCCUUCAGAAUUGGUUCCAUUGUAUGGAUUACGUCGUUCAGAACAAAAAAGUUUAUUGAUGAGAUUUCCACAUUCAUCAAAAGGAACUUGGUCCUCACCAUAUGCGAUAGAUGAUAUUGGUCAAAUAUUUUUGAAAGUCUAUAAAGAGAACGUUGGUCAAGUAUUGCUUAAAAUUAAUAUUCUCACUGAGAAUGGAACUAUUUUUAUACAAAUAGAAAAUGCUAAUAAUAAUUGGCCAUAUUCCAUUCGUAACUUUAGUGAUAAUGAAUUUUACAUUUACCAAAGCGAUCCUAAUAUAAAUGAAAACGGUGAUGUUGUGAAACAAGAUACUAAAUACAAGCCUAUUUUCUAUAGGAUUCCACCAAAGAGUGUCAUGCCAUAUGCUUAUGAUUAUCCGAAUGCUGUGAUCAAGGAACUAAUAAUCAGGUCACAUGGUCGUGAGAGAGGAGUUAAUUUAGCAGAAAUAGGAAAUUUAAAACCAUUUAGAUUACCUGGAACUGAAGAAGCCGAGCAAGCUGUUGUGGAUCUUAAUGUCAUUGCAGAUGGUCCUACUCAAUCCUUAAUAAUUUCAAAUUAUGAUCCAUCUGUUAGUCUAUAUAAAUUGCAAGGAGCAAGCAGAUCAAACUCCACUACUAAUUUAUCCCAGAAGACUUUUGAAGCUACUGAGAACGACGAAAAUUACCAUACUAAGAUUAUUACCAGAUUUGAAGGUUUCGGAAUUUCAUUGAUAAAUUCACGAGGACAAGAGUUAUGUUACACUACUUUGAGGGGGUUGGAAAUUCGUUACAACGAGUCGGAUUUAUACCAAAACUUGAGCGUCAAAUUAAAAUGGAUUCAAAUUGAUAAUCAAUUAUAUGGAGGUAUUUUCCCUAUUGUUAUUUAUCCUAGUGUGGUUCCAAAGUCUGGAAAAGAGAUGAACAAUCAUCCUUCUUUUUCAGGUUCUAUUUGUAAAGUGAAAGAUGACUCUCAUGGGGUUCUUUUCAUCAAAUAUGCUACCGUUUUACUUCAAGAGAUGACUAUUGAAAUAGAUGAGGACUUUUUGUUUGCAUUGUUAGAUUUUGCUAAAAUUCCAGGCGCAAGUUGGAAUCUGAAGCAUCAAGAUAAGUUAUGUGAUGAUGAAUUACAAUUACCUGAACCCAAAGCGUUGAAUGAGAGUUCGGAUAUAUACUUUGAGGCAUUGCACUUACAGCCUGCUUUGACUAACUUAUCUUUUGUAAGAACAGAAAGAGUUAAUAUAGAAGAUAGACAAACUUCUCAAAAUGCAUUGAUGUUCUUUUUCAACGUUCUUACUAUGGCUAUUGGUAAUAUUAACGAUGCUCCAAUUAAGCUAAAUGCAUUGUUUAUUGAAAAUAUUAGGGUUCCGAUCCCAGUUUUAAUUGAGUCUAUUCAAACUCACUACGGUCAAUCUUUCUUCUAUCAAGUUCAUAAAAUUUUAGGUUCCGCCGAUCUCAUCGGUAAUCCGGUCGGGUUGUUUAACAACAUUUCUUCUGGUGUGCUCGAUAUUUUUUAUGAACCUUAUCAAGGAUUUGUUAUCAACGAUCGUCCCCAAGAAUUGGGAAUUAGUAUCGCGAAAGGUGGUUUGAGUUUCUUGAAAAAGUCUAUUUUCGGGUUCUCCGAUUCAUUCACCAAAAUCACUGGGUCAUUGGCAAAAGGGUUAACUGUUGUAACUCUUGAUAAGAAAUUUCAAGAACGCCGUCGUCUCAACCAACGUCGUAAUAAACCAAAACAUGCAUUAUAUGGAUUCGCAUCUGGGGCAAACUCAUUUUUUGAAUCUGUUUCUUCUGGUGUUACUGGUGUUGCAACUGCUCCAAUCGAGGGUGCCAAUUCCGGCGGUGCCUCUGGAUUUUUCAAGGGUUUAGGAAAAGGUGUUGUUGGCUUACCAACAAAGACUGCAAUUGGCUUUUUUGAUUUAGCAUCUAAUGUUAGUGAAGGUAUUCGUAACACUACUACUGUUUUCGAUGCAGAAGGUUUGGAUAAAGUAAGAUUACCCCGUUACGUAUCCUAUGACCAGGUUAUAAGGCCUUAUUCCCAGAGAGAAGCCCAGGGCCAAUUCUGGCUCAAGUCGAUCGAUGGAGGAUCCUACUUUAAAGAACAAUACUUGGCUCACUUAGUUUUACCAGGAGAAGAAAAUGCUGUUAUGAUUACUUUUAGAAAGAUCAUUCUAUUCCAAAUCAAUAGCUUGAAGAUCAAAUGGCAAAUAACAUUUGAUCAAAUCAAAGCUAUUUCUAUAGAGCCAACGGGUAUAAGCAUUAGUUUAAAAAAGAGAGAAGGACCAUUUAUACCAAUUCCCGAAAAAAAUAAUAGAACAUUUUUAUACAAUAAAAUUGGAAUUGCUGUUCAAGAAUUUAAUAAGCAUUGUCAAGUCAUACUAUAG